AUGUGCAACAUUGAACAGUUACUAGCAUCAAUUGGUUUACUUGCACACAAGGUGGAUUCCUUACUAGAGGCCAAUGCUGCUCUCAAAACCUAUGGCCCAGAGUCCUUUCAUGGGGACCGUACCUCAGUGAAAAAGAAACCUGAUCACCAGUCUCCCAUUUCAAAGCAGAAUGCCCAUUGUCAGCUCUAUGUCAGGUAAACCUUUUCCUAAAAUGCUAUAUGUUGAGUCAAAUCUCACUUAAGCUGAUGUCAUGCCAUCUCUUCUUCUGGUUCAGGUCCAACUGAAUUUGAGAUCCUCCAACACCUUGAAGAAAUCAUUGAACUUGCUCUUCCAUUGGACAAGUUCAAGAAGCCUUACCAAGAGGUGAACACAGCAAAAAAUUUAAUCUUUAACAGAGUCAAAUUUUGCCUGUGUUGA